AAUCGCGGAUUAGAAAUGUCGGAGACGAUGAGGUCACUUGAGGUGACAACCCCUUGGCAGGAGGAGGACGAAGAUGUCGAGGUUGACGACAUGGAGCUAAGCAAGAACAGCCGCGAUGAGAUGUCCGAAACGAGCAGCGACGAAGCAACGGGCAGAAAAAUCGCGAGGCGGAGGACAGGAGGAAGUACGACGAGUGGUGGUAGUUCUAGUGGGAGUACAACGACCAGAAGGAGAAAAACGGGAAUUAGUGCGAGGGAGAGAAACUUAAGAAGACUGGAAAGUAACGAACGGGAAAGGAUGAGGAUGCACUCUUUAAAUGACGCUUUUGAGCAACUUAGGGAAGUAAUACCACACAUAAAAAUGGAAAGAAAACUAUCAAAAAUAGAAACAUUAACAUUAGCGAAGAAUUACAUUAUGGCUUUAACGAAUGUAAUAUGCGAAAUGAGAGGGGAGGAGAAACAUUACACAUUCCAAGACGUCUCCGAAGACAGAGACUCUGUAGAUACUGUAACAACGAUACAAGAAAUCAGUAGGGAGCAAAACAAUAAUUCCAUGUUUCAAGAAAAUCUAGAAUUACCUCAAGAAAACACUCUAAUAAAUUCACGUUGAAAUCUAAUUAUUUAAGUAUACGAUAACUUAAAUCAGUUAUGCUUAUUCGUCAAAGAGACUUAAGUGUGACAUUUACUUAGUUGCAUACGACUGAAAAUUUACUUACUUUUUAAAAUUAAAGUCCGUAGCGUUGUGAGAUAAAAAUAUCAUAGACACGUAAGUAGCUAGAUUAGAUCAAAAUUACAUUCCCAGUGGCGUAACGGGCCCCUACCACGGUGCAGCGCCACUGACAACAUACUUGUCGCACAACUAAACUUGAUCUGAAUCAAGUAUGUGUUUUUGUUACCUAUUUUUUAAUGUAUAAUUUUUUGUAUUAAGGCGGAAAUUAGUUGACGAAUAGACUACUUUAAUAUUUCGCGCUUUAGGCGCUUCUUUUUGUUCUGCAAGGGACUUUGAGUUAACGAGAAAAUUGAAGCAGAUCCGUUCAAGGAUUGUUCUAAUUUGUGGCGGCUAGUAUACUAUAUAAACGACAUCAAUUACCAUCAGGUGUACCUUCAAUCGUGUUUAAGCCAAACGUUGCUAUGCCUGCUCGGCCAAAUAACGAGUUUACAUAUAUUGUAGGAUAAUUGUGAUUUUUUUGUGCUUCCGUAUUAUUCCUUUUAUUGAACGCCGCGCUACUAUAAUAUGUAAAAACAAUGUGUGAGUAUCAAUUAAAAAAUCUAAAUGUAAGUUAUUUUUUGAAAAUAUUACAAUUACAAAUGUAUAAAAGGUAGAGAAUAUAGUUCUUAACUAACAAUAUAGCAAAUUUAAGAAAUUUGGAAAUUGUUCAUUUAGCAAAAAAAUGAGUUACCUGCAAAAAUGGGAUUCCCAAAAUACUCAUAUGCUCAAAAAUAGUUUGGUUUCUAGAAAAGUUGGUAAUGUAUAAAUUGCGU